AUGGUCGACACUAUUGGACAUGACGGAAAUGCAGCUUCCUCAACAUUAGGACAGCCACAAUGCAUGGUAUUUGAAUGGAUGGAUACGGAUUUGUGGCAGUUGCCAUCGAAACCCUUUCGAAAUGGUUCAGAGCUUCCCCGCAUCGUAGCCAGAUCAUUGCUCGAAGCUCUAGUCGUGAUUGACAGUGAACAUGGUGUUCAUACGGAUGUAAAUCCUAACAACGUUUUCGUCUCUGACGUGCAUACGCCUUUGCCUGUUGCGAAGCUAGGCGAUCUGGGGAACUUAAUGUCUGCUGGCCCUAUGCUUGAAGUCCGAUUUCAAGGCGUGGUUAUUCGAGCCCCAGAGGUUUGGAUUGACCUUCCUAUAACGCCAAAAGCCGAUAUUUGGAGUGUUGGUGUAACACUUGCGCAUUGGCUGGCAGGCAAAACCAUCUUCGGUCCCUCGGACAAGACUAUUGAGGACUGUGUCAAUCACUGGUGUAUUGCCAAGCUUAUGAGGCUGGUGGGACCAAUUCCCAAACCAGAUUCUGCAAAAAUGGAAAUCGUGGAUGAGUUUGCCCUGGCGGAGUAUCUUGCGAGCGAUAGUUUCGUUCGUCCUGACACCGGUAUUGAACAAAAGUUCAUAAGUGUGGGGACAAUUAGACAAGAGUUGGAGAAAGUGGAGGGGCCGAUUGACCCACAAUGCAUUGACUUUACCGAAAGUCUUCUGACGGUUGAUGUGGACAGGCGACCAAGUGCAAGAGAAGCGUUAAGCCAUCCUUGGUUUCGAGGAGAAGAAAAGGAAAAAGAUUCGGAUUGA